AGAAGCUUACUUGUUUUUUGACGUGUGUCAAUUGAGUUCAAGGUUGUAUUCAAUACAUCUGUUCCCAAAUUUAAAAAAUAUAUAUAUAUAGAUAAUAAAACUACAAGGAAAUGAUAAUUUUUUAUAAUCUUGGUAUUAAUUUUAAGUAACAUUUAAAAUGUCCUCAGUUUUAGGAGCCGAAUGGCAUAUAUCUUCGAGUGGAAACGAUUUUUUAACUGAAAACGGAACUAUAAGUGAUAAACAGCAUCUGUAUAAUUGUGCCCUAAACACAGACUUAAAGGAAAUAUGCACCCCCAUAUUAAAUAACUUAGUAAAUGGUUCAACGUCCAAAAUUGUUCUUCAAAUACACAAGAUCCGUAACAUUUCUGCCCCAAAAGCGAAUGAAGAAUCCCAAGCUGCACCUCGAAUGCUUAAAUUAACAUUAACAGAUGGUGACAACUACAUCCAAGCAUUAGAAUUAUCUACGAUUACUCCAAUUAAUUUGAAAAAUACUCCUCCAGGAACAAAGUUACUAAUUCAGGAUGCCAAAGUAGUAUCAGGAUUUUUAUUGUUAAGUCCCCAAAACUGUAAAGUUUUAGGAGGUAAAGUUGCUAGUUUAAUUGAAAAAUGGGAACUCACCAGAAGUGUUCAGAGAAAUUAUAGAUCAAGUAAUGAGGAUGGUCCGCCUCUAUGGGUAAACUUUGGUACUAAAAUUCAAACUGGAAAUCAAAGCGAGAACUUUAAGUCAUUACUAAACAAAAAUAAAGAUGGUUCAAAAGAGAAUUCAGAAUUUGAACAACAACGACAAGACGCCAUUGCAGAAGCAUCAUCAGGUGCAGUUAGAAAGGUGUUCAGUGGUAGAGUAAAGCAAAGUGUACAAGUACAAAAUAACACCAAUAAAAAAGCAACAGAAAAAAAUAAAGAAAAGAAGGAAUUGACGAAAGGCAAAGGAAAACUAGGAAAAGAAAAAGGAGAAAUAGAUGAAAAACCCCAGAAGCCAUCAGAAAAAGUUUCUUUAUUUGCAUUCCUGGAAGAUAAACUGCCUGUUAGUACCAAGGAAGAUACUUUUUAUCAAAAUCAACCAAUUAAAAGUGGUUUUAAAGACACAGAAACAUGUUUCGAGAAUCCAAACAAUUAUGAUUAUAAGAAAAAGAAAACUUCAAUUCCAAAACAAUUUGAAAAACCAGAAUAUAGCAAUAAGAAAGGUCAAAAUACCAGGAAACCAAAUAAUAAUUCUUACAGUCAAUCUAAUAAUUUCUAUCCUGAAUUGACUCCACAGAAGUAUACUGAAAACCCUGCAAAUUUUUCUUAUAAACCAAAACAUUUCAAUAGCAACCAAUUUAAAGAUUCACAAGUCAAUAAAACUCCUCAAGAAAAUAAUAGCUUUAAGUCUAUAUCUCAAAAUAACCGACCCAACUAUCACUAUAAUGCAUCUCCAGUCCAGAACUCUAAUUACAGUUAUGAAUAUAAUCAUUCUCCAAUGCAGCCAUUGAAUUCAAAUUAUCAAUAUGAGCAAAAGCCUAUUUCAAAUAAUAAUUCAAAUCCACCCAUAAUACAUUACCAACGCUCAAAUAUAAAUAAUCAUAAUCCUGAAACUAUCCCUAGUUUUCAACAAGAGUCAAUGUCAACUUCUAAUAAUAUGUAUAGAAAAACCCAUCAAAAGCAAAAUGAUAUCAAUCACAUUAGCCAGGAAGUUCAAAAAAUGUCAUUGAAUAGUCAAUUUGCUAGCAGGAGUUUGAGGCAGCAUUUAAAUUUAAAUUCCAGUACAAGAAAAAAUGAUGAACUUAAUCAUAAAGUAGAAAAUAGUGGCCCCACCUGGAAUGUAGGAGAUGAAAUUUUGGCUAAAUAUUGGGAAGAUGGCAAGUUUUACAAUGCAGCAAUAAUUUCAAUCACAGAUAAAACAUUUGCCGUUCGAUUCAAGGGAUAUGGAAAUAUUGAAGAAAUUCUAAAAACAGAUUGUCUACCAAUAAUGACCAAUAACAGUAGAUCUAAUAAUAAUAAUCAGCAAUAUGACAAGAAUAGACAAUAUCCAGGUUCAAUGGAAUUUAGGAGAAGUUCUAAAAAUUACAAGUAAAUAUUGGCUAAAGCAUUCGUUUGACAUAAUUUGGCUAAUAAAUUUUAGAAUACUCUCAAAAAACAAUGAAAACUACUGACAAAAUCAGCCAUAUUUACUCUUCAGUUAAAGUAUUUUGUUUAACUUUCAGAAUUAUUGUUAUUAUGUUGUGAAUUUUUUAUAAGAAUAACAAUUUUAAUUUAAAAAUAACUUUAAUUUUCAUGUUUAUUUGCAUAAAAGUUCAAUAAAAUAGUAACAUUAUGUUUAUGUAAAAA